AUGGAGGCCACCCUUUUCGUGAUCCUCCUACUGGUGAACCAAGGACACACGCUCAUGGGCUACAACUGCGACACGCCUUUUGCGAACGAAACCGUAGUAUCCCUACUCGAUACUCCAGAAUGUCUACCUCUGCAGGAGAGACCAACCGUCCACAACGUACAAGUCGAAUUGCGAUUCUUGCCUAGAUUUAUCGAUAUAAAUGUAAUAAGCUGUAGGGUGGAGAUUAUGAUAAGACGCAAUAUCGAUGCCAGUUUGGGUCUUGUAAACGGUACGAUCGCUAAAGUUAUUUCAGUUGUACAGGAUAUCUCUAGUAAUCAUAUAGAAAAGAUUAAGCUUCUUUUACCAUCCGGUUCUGAAUAUUUAAUUGAAAGAGUAAACGUCAAGUUUAAAGUAAUGGAUAGAGCAUAUGUUAUGAGAAAACAAUUUCCAAUAUCUUUAAGUUACGGCAUUACCAUUCAUAAAAGCCAAGGAUUGAGCUUGCAAAACGCCAUUAUGGAUAUAG